CUCUGACCUCCUUGAGCCAGAGAGGGAUUCACUUCUUCCGGCCAGUGACCCAGCUCAGCAUGCUGUUCAGAGUGUCAGGCCUCGUCGCCACUUGGGGGUCUCGUCCACCUCGUUUCUGAUGUAAGGCUACGAGGCGUUCAGGGCCCGUCAGAGCUGAUGAAUAUCGAACAGUAUCAACCGCAUGAUCGGGACAGCCAUCUUUUCCACUCCGUCUUCUAUCGCCGCCAGCGUCCAAAGCGCCGGUGCGGCUUUGUUGCUUUGGACAGCCGGGUUUUCUCUGUCCCUCUGUGGCCUAAUGAUUUGGUUGGAACUGGCCUCCCUACUGCCUCGUAGCGGAGGAGAAAAGGUCUACCUCAACGCCGCUUAUCCACGUCCGCCUCUACUCGCCGUGACCAUUUAUGCAACGCAUGUCAUUUGUCUCGGUUUUACAGGUAGCUAUAGAUGUCUGUCAAUGCCCCAAAUCUCUCAUUUUUGACUGUUUCAGGCAUCGGGAGCAUUGCGAUAGCCGAGAACCUGCUACUAGCUGUCCACGGCACUGCAGAUGAAUGGACGAAACGCAUUCUCGCUAUUGCAGUCAUGACGGUCAUCGCCGUUUUGCAUAUCAAAGCAAGCACAUUCGCUGUACAUCUGAUGAAUGUUCUCGCUUCUGCCAAGAUCCUGAUCCUCAUCGUGGUCAUUUUCACUGGCCUGCGCAUGGUCUCAACCGAUCAGCACAGGGAACAUCGUUCAGGCGCAAGCUUCGACCAUCCAUUUGCAGGCUCCUCAACUCAUAUCUAUGACUAUACUUCUGCAUUGUUCAAAAUCCUGGCCACGUAUCAAGGCUGGUCGAAUGCCGCAUACGUUCUCGACGAGGUCCAGAAUCCGCGACGCACGCUGAAAAUAGCGAGCUUCCUUGGAGUGGGCUCAGUAGGAAUCCUGUAUAUUCUCGUCAAUGCGGCAUACUUCAGUGCUGCCACACCUGAAGAGCUUAGUCGUACCGGCGUCACUGUUGUGGCGCUCCUAGUAGGGAAAGUCUGGGGAGACACGGCCCAGUGGUGCACAGCCCUGGUGGCUGCUUUAUCCUCUUUUGGCAGCCUUUUGACCGCGUCGUUUUCCAUGUCGCGUGUCAUUCAGUCGUUUGCUCGAGAGGGAGUGUUGCCGUGGGCUUCCUUCUUCGCCAGCAGCACCCCGUCUGCGACACCCAAGGGCGCCUUUUUCGGCUUAUUCCUUGGCUCCGCUGUGAUGAUCCUUCUAAUUCCAUUCGGCGACGCAUACAGCUUUCUCCUCGAUGUCGGGCAGUAUGCCUUUGCAAUCAUAUAUUUAGCCGUGGUGGUUGGGCUAUUCAUCAUUCGUAGGCGUCUGGCAUAUCCGCAACGCACGUUCCGGGUGUGGAACAGCGUGGCUUGGAUUUUCUUGCUCGUGCAGAUUUUUCUUGUUGUGUCUCCAUUUCUCAACCAUGAGUUUGUUAGUGAUACUAGCCUUCCUUUCUGGCUAACCCCAAUGGUUGCCAUCUCGGCAUUAGCCAGUGGUGGGGUUUAUUGGUAUGGAUGGUGGGUGCUCUAUCCCCAAGUGAAAGGUUUCUCUUGGAAGAGCAGAGAAACUACUCUGGCCGAUGGCACAACCGUUGUGGUGUGGAUCAAAGAGUAUUAUCGAGACUAAAGCUUGCUAUAGAUAGGGAAUCCUUGUGCAUAUAGCCAUUGACUUGUAAAUUCACAGAACAACCAUCGAGCCAGGGACUUCCCUCAGGGCCUACGCAGCUUUCGAAGUGCUGAUAGCUUCUCGACUCGAG